UCUUCGCAACCUUUAUCCUACUACUACUAGCUACACUUGUCCUGGCCUGCAUCUGAACAGUAGCACAGUACGGCAGCAGCCACCACUGUGGAGCGGGGCAUCAUUCCCAUCACUUGGGCUAGCCCCUGCAGGUAAGGCUAGAGCUAGAUCGCGAUGGCGUUGCUUGUCAUCAGGUGCGCGCUGCUAAUCUCCCUCUCGGCCGUGCUGAUGCUGCUCUCCCUCGGCGGCGGCGCCUCCGGCAUGGGCCUGCCGUCGCCGCCGCCGAUGGUGAACUUCAGCAUCGGCGUGCAGGGCGUGGUGUGGUGCAAGUCGUGCCGGUACCCCGGCUACUUCCCGCCCAUGGACGCCUCCCCGCUCCCAGGCGCGGAGGUGUUCCUGCGGUGCAAGCACGGGCGGCGGGUGCUGACGGUGCCGGGGCAGUCGGGCCCCGGCGGCUACUUCCUGAUCCAGACGUCGCGGCAGGUGGCGGCGUUCACGAGCCAGCAGUGCCGGGUGUACGUGCCGACCUCGCCGGUGCGCGCGUGCGGGGUACCCGCCUACCCGUCCGGCCGCAACAAGGGGCUCCCGCUCAAGUUCCAGGAGUUCGUCAACCGCGGCAACGGCCUGCAGGGGAUGUACUCCGUCGGCAACCGCCUCUUCCGCCCAAAGUACCCGGGCAGGUGCUACUGAUAGCAUGCAGGAGGGCCUGGGGUUUUAUAAUAGUUUGCCUCGUGCGCGCGUCGGGUUCGGUUGGCGGCAGGGACGACGACGGCUUCAAGAAUAAAUCUGCUACUACUAGGUUGAUUAUUGGCUCCUGGAGGUGGGUUAGCAAGGUGUUUAAUUAAUGUGCUAGUACAUGCUGAUUAGCUUCUUGUGUUAAAGGUCAGUUAAACGUAGUAGUUCUGUUCCUGCGUGCUCCUCGAUGGACUGGAUUGCUGUAAUAAUAAGAUGGAUUGAGAACAUGCAUGUAGCUGUUGUUGUUUGUUUCGGUA